UUUCUCGCGCUUACAUUAGAAAGUUUACAUUUAUCCCACGGCUAAUAUUCACUGUGGUGACUUUCUUUUCUCGUACGACUGUGUGGAGUAAAGGAGGAGUCGGAGUAGGUGGAUGGGGGCGCAGUCAUCGUUUUAAAAAAAAGAAAAAAAAGAAAAGGGGGCAAAAGUGGGCAGAGCGCAUGCGCCGGGACUCGAAGAGCAUACGCCAUAUUGGAUUCCCGUAGGAUUCACGGCUUUCUCGCAGCUUCAAAGGGGCUAGUUUAUUCAUGGUCCGAGCUCGGUUUACCGUUUAAUUUCUCCUCGUUUCCGCGACCUCGAGUAGCACAGCGAGUCUCGUCAGAUCCGGGCCGGCGGCGUAGGUUCAACACGGGCUCGCUUACGACAGGUUACUUGUCGGGGGGAGGGAGGGAAGGGGGGGUGUUCACCAGGCAGAGGACUUGAAUGGAUCCGAGAGUAGCCUGGAUCCAGCCGGAGCAGAAAGGACCUGCGAACGCCUUAUGGAUGCAGAUCUGGGAGACUUCUCAGGGAGCGAGGGCGCUCUCCGCUCACAGCCAGAACCACGGCCAGUGUGUGAGUUAUGCGGCUCUGAUGGCUUUAAAUAACGUGGCGGCCGCGGCGGCGUCGUGCAAGAACGCCUGCAGCCCCAGCAACGGCAUCGUUACAGGCAGCCUGAGUAACGGCAGCAGCCAUCGCAGCAUCGUCAAGUGCCCCGGACACAGCGGCGGCGGCGGCGGCGCGGCGCUCUCCGCGCAGGGGACACCGGCGUCCGGCGGCCACGCACAGAACUCCCUCCCCACGGCGGGCGAUCCAGCGGAGGAGAAAACCCCGACCCCGAAGACGGGCACCGUCUCCUCGUCGUGCUCGCAGGGAUCGGGGACAGAAAGUCCCAUUCGCAGCGGCUCACUUUUCGAGAGGACUUCGGGUGGGAAUGUGGCGGGCGACUUGAACAGGAACGCCGGCGGUGCCAGCGUGCUCUUCGGCAUGAGCGACGGCGCGGAGAACAACGUCAACCUGUACCAUCAGCGACACCGGGGCAACCCGGAGGAGCACCCGACGUGUAACGUGCAGCGGAUCUGCGCGAAGCAGCAUCAGGUCCACUCUGCCGUACCUGUUAAUAAUCACACACACAACCUCCACCCGGGCCGCAGGAAAAGCGACAACAAGGCGAGCACCUAUGGGAUGAAUUACUUGCUUUCGAACUGCACUAACGGGAAUCAUGUGAACGCCUGGACGCCGUGGAAGGAGAGGAAAUACAGCCCGGGGGUGCUCGGGCUCCACGAAGAGGUGAUGGACUUCUACAACUUCAUGUCGCCCCGACCUGAAGAGGCAGCUAUGAGGGAGGAGGUGGUGAAGCGAAUAGAGAUGAUCAUCAAGGAGCUGUGGCCGACCGCGGAUGUCAAGAUAUUUGGCAGCUUCAGCACCGGGCUCUACCUUCCCACAAGCGACAUAGACCUGGUGGUGUUUGGGAAGUGGGACCGCCCCCCGCUGCAGGAGCUAGAGCAAGCUCUUCGGAAACACAAUGUGGCAGAACCCUCCUCCAUUAAAGUGCUGGACAAGGCUACGGUGCCGAUCAUCAAGUUGACCGACCAGGAGACCGACGUCAAGGUGGACAUCAGUUUCAACAUGAAAAGUGGGGUUGAGGCGGCGAUCCUCAUUAAAGACUACUUAAAGAAGUAUCCCGUGCUGCCUUACUUGAUCUUUGUGCUGAAGCAGUUUCUGCUGCAGAGAGACCUGAAUGAAGUCUUCACUGGGGGCAUCAGCUCUUACAGCCUCAUCCUAAUGGUCAUCAGUUUCCUACAGCUCCAUCCACGCAUUGAUGCCAGAGAACCCAAUCAGAACCUGGGCGUGUUGCUGAUCGAGUUCUUCGAGUUGUACGGUCGCCACUUCAACUACUUGAAAACAGGGAUUCGCAUCAGAAAAGGGGGCGCGUGGGUCGCCAAAGAGGAAAUGAUGAAGACCAUGACGAAUGGAUACACGCCAUCUAUGCUCUGCAUAGAGGACCCCCUGAUUCCUGGUAACGAUGUGGGGAGGGGCUGCUACGGAGCCAUGCAGGUCAAGCAGGUGUUCGACUACGCCUACACUGUCCUAAGUCACGCCGUGAUGCCGCUCGCCAGCUCGUAUCCCAACAAAGACUGUGAAAGCACGCUGGGCCGGAUAAUUCGAUUAACCCAAGAAGUCAUUGAAUACCGGGAGUGGAUUAUCAAGAGGUGGGGAGGCAAGGAUUCGCCGCACCAGACGGACGGCCGAGCCUCUUCCCCCAAGGAGCCGGUGUCGGAGCAGGAGUCCUGCGUGCUGGGCGGCGGUGGCGUCGGCUCAGAGGAGCAGCAGAGGGACUCGGCCUCGCCCCACAGCGCCGACUCUCCGAUGUCCGUGUCCAGCCCUAAGCAGCACUCAUCAGCCUCGUCGGUUUCCUCGCUGUCUGGAUCCGACAACGACUCUGAUUCAGCGUUGCCAUACACCCUCCCUGCACCAACCAUGUCGGCAUAUGCGUCCUUCCCGGCCCUGGGCCUGGCCCUGCAGCCGGGCAUACACUUGGGCAGCGGAAAGCACGGCAUGGGAGGCCACCAUCUGCUCCUUCCUCCAGGUUCACAGGCUCACGUCUCGCUGCCCAGCGGCCUAGCAAUGCACUCCUUGCCUGGCAGACAGAGUGGAACAAAGUUCAACGUGAAGGGCUUCCACACCCCGCCGCCGGUCAACGGGGCGCCUCUGGCCAACCGCGGACACACGCAGUACCACCGCAACUCCUGGACGCGGCGCAGGAAGAGGGACAGCCUGCCGGUCAGCCUCAGCAGAUAGAAACCGCUGCUCCGCCCGUAACCCUCUCUCCAUCUCUCUUUGCGGCUCUUCGCUCAUCCUGAAGGGGGAUGGGGACGGGCAGGAGGAGGAUCAGAGAGCAGCUGUUCUCGCUCUGGUGCAGCGGAGUAGCAUCCCUUUAGAUCUGCAUCUCCCUCCUUUUCCGUUUCUGCCACAACCCCCCCGUUUCUUUCUUUUUUUCUCGGUAUUAUGUUCCUGCCAGUAUUGGUUCCCCUGACUUACUUCAGGUCUUUAUCCGUUUCAUGUCUUUGUUUUUGUCAGAAUCGGUGGUAGCGGCAGUACCAGCUUCACUUGACCUCAUUAACCCUUGCAGCCAAGCUGCUCGUGGUUUGGUGUUACACUUUUUUUUUUUUUUUUCAGCACAUUUAAAAAACCUACUUUUUGUUUGGUGCAAUAACUUCUUUUUUUUUUUUUUUUUUUUCUUUUUUUUUUGUCCAAAAUUAAAGCUGUUAUUUAAUUUGUGCGUGUAUAUGUAAAGGCAUAUUAUAUUUUAUUUUUGUAGUUUUAAACUUUGUUUACAAACCGUGUCAUCUCUGGAGGUUUAGAGCGUGCGUCUCCCCCCCCCCCCCCUCUGUCCUCUCUGAAGGCGCUCCUCGGUUUUUAUUCUGCAUCGACGGGGGUCAAAGAAAGCUGGGAUUGAAACGUUUUUUCAGGUUUUCAUCCCACGUCUUGAUGCGACCGCACGGACAUUAAGUUUCGUCCUGGAAGUUUUGUCCCCGAGUCGGUCCAAGAUGUGAUUGGAGGAAAACUGCAACCAGAAAUCUUUAUAUAUAUUGGGGGGGAUGGGGGUGCAGGCCCACCUUGAUGGUGUGUAUCUGUGUAUGUUGUACUCAUGGAAAUGAGUCGGGAGUUUUUAAAAGGGAAGCUUAUUUAAAUUUAAGGAUCAAGAUUCUAGUAAAGGGAAUGAAAGUCCUCUUGGCGUGUUUAAACCUGGACAAUAGACACGAAGGAGUGCAGGCCAACACCAGUACGAGCGUCUGCAGGAAGGUUUUCUCCCUUCGCAGCGAGCGAGGAGGGGACACGGAGGAGGCAGGGAGGGCGGGACCGGGGGGGGGUUCUUCCUGAACCAAGGACCCUAGCAAAGGGAAUUAUAUUUUGAUUUCAUUCAGGAAUCUCGUGUAUAUUUAAUUGCCAGGUACUUCCGCUGAUUGUUUGGAAUGCCUUUCCUUGUGUUUACUUGGAGUGAGCGUAUGUGGUGUUUUUUUUUUUUUUGUGUGUGUGUGUGUGCGCUCAAACAGGACUGUGGAAGGCUGUGACCCGAGCAGAACACAACACACGCCGGUGUUAUUACUAUGCAAAAGGAUUCCUCUGAUUAUCGUGUCAACUGUAUGUCCCCCACGGCAGACACUGCUGAUGGACUGAUGACGCUCAGACUCUGAGCCAACUCAUGUGAACUCCGACCCCGUUCUUCUUCUUCUUUUUUUGUUCUUUCUUUUUUUUUAAUGAAGGUCCUGACGUGUUCUGAAGUCUAGUUUUCUACAUCUGUCCUACUUAAGGAUCGGGGAGGGGUGUUUAUGCCAGCAACUAAGUCUGGGUUGGUGUAGUGUGUGACGUAGUAAAAAAAAAAAAAAACGACAA